UUUCAGGAAGUGCAUAUUCAAAGUUAGCAACCACGAUUCGAACGGAGAACCUGCAAAUGUUUGAAGCAUUUAAAACGGUUUAAAGAUGAUGCGAAAAGCCCGAGCAGCAACUACCAAGGCUGUAAAGUACAAUGACAUGGACUCUGAUCUGUCUUUUUCCCAAACAGUGAGUAGCGGUAAAGAUAGUGACGAAUGGGGGCCACCAGAGCCAAAGCCCAAAGCCAAGACUGCCAAGAGAACUGUUGAGCCAAAAGCCCCCAAAGAACCCAAAGCGCCCAAAGAGCCGAAGCCAAGAGCAGCACGCAAACCUGCAGCAGAACGAAAAACACAAGCCCCAAAGGGACCGAAGGAUUCUGGUUCAUCUGGGUUGGCCGGAACAAGGAGGAAAAAAGUUGAAGAUAAGGCUGGAGAAGACAAAGGAGAAACACAAACUUACUGUCCACAGAAAGCUGAAAAGAGUGGGCCAAGUAGCAGAAUGAAGGAAGAGAGAGUGUCAUUUAUUGUGUCAGAAGCCCAUCAAGCAGACAGAUGGGCAGAUGAGGGGUCAUCUCAAGCUGAGCUUCGGGUCAAGAAAGAGAAAGUUAAGGAGGAGGAUUUCACUUUUGAUGAACCUUGUCUAAAGAAACAGAAGACCAGUGGUGCCUGUCUGGGACAACCAACUGCACUGCCUUCAUCAGAAGCUCAGUCUUUGAGGAAUGAGCUCAAUAUGAACUGGAACAUGAUACAGCUGCUGUCCACCCUGACCUGUGUGGAGCAGUGGGUGUGUCUAAAUGUCGUCGUGCUGCUUCGUGAGGAGAACACUGUGCCGUUCAUGGUGCGCUACCGCAAAGAAAUGAUCAACCACAUGGAUGCUGAUGCUGUCCGAGAUGUCCAGAUGGUGUAUGAGGAGUUAUGCUCUCUGGCUAAGAAGACCCAGUCUGUGAUUCAGACCCUGAAAAAGGAUGGAGUUUUGACAACUGAGCUCGAACAAAAUCUGAGGAGCUGCCAGUCAGCCAAUGAACUGGAUCAUGUGUAUUCUCCCUACAAGAAAGGCAGCAAGCUGACGAAAGCUCGCAGGGCCAAAGCUCUCGGCCUCGAAGGAGCUGCAACUGCACUGAUGGAGACACCACACUCUUUGGAUUUAAGGGCAUGCGUAAAACCUGAUACUGAAGGUCUGUCAUCGGUGGAAGAAGUGGCCACGGGCGUGGAGCAUAUCUUAGCUGAUAUGAUAGCUAAAGACCCCGACACCCUCACCUACGUGAAGACGCUAUGUGAGAAGAGUAUUGUGACCAUCCAGUCCUCUGUAUCUAAGUCGGCACUAAAGGACAAAGAACAAGGGAAGUCAGUCCCAGACCAGAAAAAAAAGGGGGAACCAAAAAAACCCCAGGACAUUGACAAAUUCCAACUCUACUUUGACUUCACCUCCAACAUCCAGCGCAUCCAACCGCAUCAGACGUUGGCUAUUAACCGAGGGGAGAGUUUCAAGAUUCUGACAGUGAAGGUGAACAUUCCCGACAGUGUGAAGAGUGACUUCACCAGGUGGUGCAUCAACAGCAGAUGGAGGCCGAAGACAUUUGCAAGAGAAGAACUCAAUGCAAUCAUCAGGAACGCUGUAGAAGAUUCUUAUAAAAGGCUUAUUCUGCCUUUCCUCACUAGGGGUUACAGGACCAAGCUGACAAGUGCAGCAGAGAAGGAGUCGAUUGCCAUGUUCGUGCGAAACCUCCGCCAGCGCCUGUUGGUAGGUCCAGUCAGGGGCUGCGUCAUUAUGGGGGUGGACCCUGGCUUCACACAUGGCUGUAAACUGGCCGUCCUCUCCCCCACUAGUCAGAUUCUCCAUACUGAUGUUGUGUAUCUGAAUAAUCCAGGCCAGCAAAGAGAAGCAGAUAAACUGCGCCACCUUAUGAUCAAAUACAGCUGUACCAGAGUUGUCAUUGGCAAUGGGACAGCGUGUCGUGAAACGGAGUCCUUCUUCUCUGACCUCAUCUCUAGACGUUAUUUUCACCCCCUGGAUGUGUCCUACUGUAUAACCAGUGAGGCAGGAGCAUCCAUCUACAGUGUGAGUCCUGAAGCAGUCAAAGAGAUGCCAGAUUUGGACCCUAACCUUAGAAGUGCAGUGUCCAUUGGAAGACGUGUCCAAGAUCCGCUGGCUGAGCUUGUGAAGAUAGAUCCUAAACACAUAGGCAUUGGAACAUACCAGCAUGAUGUGUCGGCCGGAGCUCUGAAGGCAGCGCUGGGCGGAGUGGUCCAGGAGUGUGUGAGCUUUGUGGGGGUGGACAUCAACAUCUGCUCCGAGAUACUGAUGAGGCAUGUAUCAGGACUGAAUGCAGGCAGAGCGCGGAGCAUUGCAGAGUGGAGAGAGAAGAAAGGUCCCUUCAUCAACAGGGAGCAACUCAAACUGGUCAAAGGCAUGGGGCCCAAGAGCUACCAGCAGUGUGCUGGCUUCAUUAGAAUCAACCCUCAAACCCUACAGAGUAUCAAAUCGUCACUUCAGCCUGAAGCAGCAGCUGCACCUGAGAAAUCAGCUGCUAAGAAGGGCAAAGGAAAGACUGGAGUCAGCGUACCUAACUCAUUUAACCCUCUGGAUCAGACCUGUAUACAUCCUGAGUCCUACCACGUGGCACAGAGAUUUCUGUCCCUCGUGGGUGGGCACGUGGACCAAAUUGGGAGUGCAGCUCUGCGAAACUGUGUGGAGAGCAAGGUUAGGACAAGCUGUGUGGAGGACCUGGCCCGAACGCUGGACACCACACCUGAGACCCUCCAACUCAUCAUAGACGGCCUCACGCAGCCUCCUGGGUUUGACAUAAGACACAAUUUUGGGCAGGCGGACUUUAAGCGGGGGAUUGUCUCAAUGAGUGAUCUGAAGGUGGGCACGGUGCUGACGGGCCGGGUGGAAAACACAGCUCUGUUUGGGGCUUUUGUAGAUAUUGGUGUUGGCCGCUCGGGCCUCAUCCACAAGAGCAACAUCACUCUGGACAAGUUGCCUGUCAGCCAGCGCCGACGCAGCCUGGCUCUGGGACCUGGGGAACGGGUGGAGGUCCGGGUCCUGAAUGUGGACUCUCAGAGGGGACGGAUUGGGUUGGACCUCAUCAGGGUCCUGCAGUAGACUCUCUUAAUUCACACAUUUCGCUUCCCAUAAUUGGACUUGAUUUGAGACUUGAAACUUCGCACAAAACUGCUGAGAGACAAAUGACUCCCUGACGGUUCCAGUGAUUGUGGAUGAGAACUGAUAUGGUUCCUGCUUAGCAGAGCUGACGCAUUCGUUUUAACAGGAACCCUGUUAAAGUGUAUAGGAAUGGCGACUUUUUUUGCAGUUAUAAUGACACAAAUUUCACUCAUGUCUGCAUUUUUUCAAGGUCCCGCAGUUUUCAAGCUGCAUGCAAAAAUGGUUACAUCAAAAGACUUAAGAAAAGUUUUUUAAAAAUCCAACUUUACAAACGGCUGUUACAAGUCCAGAAACAAAAUGAAAAAUCUAAACAAACGUCUAUACAGUUAAUGGAUGAGAAACUUUAUUUCCCCUGUAGUGAUUUCCUCCAGUAGUAUUCUCAGUCUGUGUGUCAUUUGAAACUGGAUUUUGCUUCUGACUGAACACUAAACCUGAUCAACUCAGUUCACUUUAAGUAAAAAUGCCUGUUGUCUAUCUGCACACACUGCAGACGGGACAGUUUAAUGUGCUGGAACUCAUAGUUAUUCGCACUUUAGUUUUAGCUUCAUGCUUGAACUGCUAUAGUUUAUUUUUAUAUAUGCAGUAACACCUCAGUUUAAUAAUCAUAAUAAAUGCAUUUCAGCACUUCAA